GAUUAGCAGAAUGUGACGCAAUGGUCUUCCAAGGCAGUUGAUAAUCUCUAGUUGUCAUCCAUAGAUCCAACAGAUUGCACUACACUGGCAGAGGCUUCUGCACACUGACGAGUUGGGCCGGAGACAUAUUUUUAAAGUGCGCUCACUGACGCUGAAAUCAGCGUUAAACAAAGCCCGAUGUCUGUUUUGUAUGCAAAUAGAUUUUUUUCCCCCACGAUGGAGAAGUUACUUGAUAUAUAACAGUAAAGUUAUAUCUACCUCUCAACUGACCUGAGAAGUUACAUCAUAUUCUGCCCACAUUAUAUUCGUUUUGAAAAGAGUCUGUGUCGUGUAAAGCGUGCCGAGUCGUGCCCCGGUGGCUCCGUCGUUUGUGCGCGAGGUCUGAGUAUGCUUUCUGAAGAGGAGGACCGGGAAUUAACCGCGGCUCCUCCCACGUGUUUUCGGCUGGAAUGCCUUCGGUGAAUCAGAGUUCUUCAGCACUUCCCUGGAAAAUACAUAAGACCUGCCGGGGUACGGGCUCAUAAUAGAACACGGAUUAGCGGAUAACGAGUUUUCACUGAUGCGAGUUUAAUUUUUUCAAGUCGCUUUCAAAUCGCAGAUCAGAAGCAAUUAAACUGUUAAAAGGACUACCGGGAAAAAAAAUACCAUUCCGUUUUAUUUGCUCCGGAUGGAAAAACAAACCAAAUGUGACUGAAAAUGUUGGAGAUGGUGUAAUGUGAACUACCUGUGUCGUUACCCUUAUCAAGACAGAGCAGCUGGAUUAAGAAAUUGUGCAGGAGUCCGGCCCAGCCCCUCCCUCUGGGCUGUUCCUUUGGACCACUGCCAUCGGCUCAGUUGCAGGCCUGAAAUCUCACUGAAAUCUAUCCCAAAGGCCUUGUGAAUUCCCGUCAGGAAGAAACAAAGAAUUGGCUUACGGAGUUGUGCAAGCCGACGCCGUUUUUGAAGGCAUCGUUACAUCGACUGGGAUGUGAACCGACCGGUCGCGUGUAGGAGCAUGGUGAAACACCAACCCUUACAGGUUUACGAGAGACAGCUGUGCUUAUCCUGCCUGACUGGAAUCUAUGGGUGCCGCUGGAAACGCUACCAGCGUUCCCAUGACGACAGUUCCAAGUGGGAGUGCACGUGGUUCCUCAUCCUGUCUUCUUCCUUCCUCCUCCUCCUCGUCUGGUCCUACUUCUGGUGGGAGGCCCAAAACGACUACAAUGAGUUUAACUGGCUUCUCUAUAACCGCUCGGGCGAGUGGAAUGACGGUACGGUACCCGUAAUAGCAGCCACCCUUGUGGGAUUCUCCUAUGUCACAUUUUUACUGAUCCUGGGCCUUUGCCAUAUUGCAUUGGGACAGCAGCUUAACUUAUACUGGAUUCAUAAGAUUGGAGUGUUGGCAGUUCUCACCUCCACAAUCGCAGGCGUGGUGUCCAUUGAUGACUUAUGGAGGGACGAAUGGGAAAUUGUCCUCAUCUCCCUCCAGUCAACAGGGCCAUUUUUGCACAUUGGAGCUGUUGCCGUAGUGACGACGUUGGGAUGGCUGGUCGCUGGGCAGGUCAUGCACGGAGGCAGAAGGAGGCUGCAGGUGAUAGUGUUACUUCUGCUGUAUGUGUGUGUCCUGCUGGGCCUCUACCUGGUCCCCCUCACCAUCUCCUCACCCUGCAUCAUGCCGCCGGCCAGCCUGAAGCCCCGCCCCUCCAUCAUCGGACGCAGAGGCGCUCCAAUGCUCGCUCCGGAGAACACCAUCAUGUCCUUCAACAAAGCCUUGCAACAGAAGGUCAUUGCGUUUGAGGCUGAUGUCACCAUCAGCAUGGAUGGAGUGCCCUUCCUAAUGCGCGACCACACCCUCCGCCGCACCACGGAUGUGGCAAGCCGCUUUCCCGGGCGCCAACAUGAAGACGCCUCGCUCUUCAACUGGACUGAGAUCCGUUCUCUCAACGCUGGUGUCUGGUUCCUGAGGAAUGACCCUUACUGGACCGUGAAGUUCAUUUCUACUAGAGACUACGGCCGGGCGGUUAACCAGACGGUGUGUAGCUUGGUGGAGCUGCUACGCCUGGCUGCCAAAUCGAACUGCUCUGUUCUUUUCAGCCUGCGCAUACCCGCACCUGAACACCCCCGCCACAAGCUCUGGAUCAGUGACGUGCAAAAGGCUGUCCAGCGUUCGGGCAUCCAGCCAGAACAAGUGAUGUGGACACAAGACUCGUACAGGUACCAGGUGCGAGCUUCUGCACCCCUACUGCAUCAAACAGUGAAGGAGAUGCUUCCUGUGGACGGGCUGAAGGAAAAGGCCACUCACACCCUCAGCCUGCACUACAGCAAAGCCACAGUGGCCGAAAUCAGGCGCCUCAGAGACAGUAACGUCAGCCUGAACGUGUACCCGGUGAACGAGCCGUGGCUCUUUUCGGUGCUGUGGUGCAGCGGAGUGGAAUCCGUCUCCUCUGACGCUCCUCACGUCCUCUGCAAAGUGCCUCACCCCAUCUGGCUUAUGAGUCCAGAUGAAUACUGCUUGAUAUGGGUGACGUCCGAUCUUGUAUCCGCAGCAAUUGUGAUAGGAAUAUUUAUAUUGCAAAACUAUCACACGAUCAGGUGGAGGAUGAGUGGAAUGCGGAGCUACAACCCGGAGCAGAUCAUGCUGAGUGCUGUGGCACGCAAGCCCGGCCGUGAUGUCAACAUCAUGAAGGAGAAACUAAUUUUCUCAGAAAUAAACAACAGCAACGGUAGCACAGACGAGCUCUCCAUGUACGUCGACCGCAGCUAGGAGGGACCGGGGUGUGUGUUUUGGCAAGCCCCUGUCCUCCGUUUCCUGCUACAUCGGACGUCUGCAUCGGACGCCUUUUGAAAGCCAGACUUUCUGUUUGUUUUUGGUUUUCGUCCCGUGGGCCGAAAGUCUUGCAGCUGCGCAUGACAUGCACUGGUUUGCCGAAAGACCAGCGAAGAACUUUACUGACCUUAGUGUGGAAGUGAGCUUAUGGGCAUGUGAACGGCAGGCACACUGCAGCAUCUUUUUAAAAACCGAGUCAGACAGUGGAAGCAGCACCGGCCCUGUCGCUAGACUGCGCGCGUGUGUGUGUGUGUGUGUGUGUGUGUCUGUGUGUGUGUCUGUGUGUGUGUGUGUUUUGAGAAUAGCACAUAGCACUGAACUCUUUUAUUGUGUUUCAGCCACUCGCCUCCAGCAGUGAGUCUGCUUACUGUAAUUGUAUUGACUAUUUAUGUAAUAGUACCGCCUCGUGUUUUGUUAUGUAUUAAAAUGUAUUUGACAUGAAGUAUUGCUACAGCGGUAGUGUGUAUAGUUUGAACAGAAAUCAUUUCCUGCAAUUGUUGGGGAGAAAUAUUAAUAUCUAAUUAUUAGUGAAUCAUUCACCUAAAGUAUAUCUGUGGAUCAGAAAUUAUUUCUGCCUCAUAGUCCAAGCUUUCAAAGGAGGCUAAAAUAAAUUUGGCAGGAAAUCCUCCGGUCUACAGGAGGAAAAUUAUUUGUACUUAGAACUAGGUUUGUACUGUGGGUAGAUAUUUUUUUACAAGGUUGUACUAAUGAGCUAUACUGAAAGUUGCAGUAGUUGACAGUGAAAUGCCUGUCUUCCUAGGUAGGGCACGUGAAGUAGUGUAUGUUCUGCUUUGAGAGUAAGGCCUCUAUGACAUGUGAUGAAUGUAUUGUGUUGUUUUUUUUCUUCUUCAUUAAUGGAGCAAUUUUUAAAACGAGACACGAUUUACUGUGUUGAUGGGGAAAUAAAUGGAGUAAGCUGCACUGUGGUCUCCAGUUUCACUGUGCUUCUGUCUGAAAGAACACAGCACUGGGUGGGAUGUGACAUCAUUUGAUCACCUUUACCAAUGAAUGGGAAUGGAAGUGGAAUCUGAACAGGGAUUUUACACAGUGAUUUUCUCAUAUCAUUAAAUGUCACGUUUGUCCAACUGGA